AUCUUGACCGCUUUGUACACCAAAGUUGUACUGCACGUAUCUCUAAUGACGCCUAUCUUCAUCUCCUGUUGUUUCGAGAAAAUUAGGCAAAAGAUUCCCUUCCUUUUUUUUAUAUUUCAUUAAAUUUUGCUAACGUCUCAUGUUUCUGGGCACUCUUGUCUUCUAAACCACGUUGAUUUAUUCUCUUCUUAAUCAUUUUCAAAUCCCGAGUCCUAGUUUCUAGGUAAUUCAUGCACAAUUCGCUUCUUCCUGAUAAACACUUGACCUCUACUCGAUGCAUUGCAUAAAGCUGGUAUCUUCAAGACGGGUUUGCCUUAAAGUGGUAUGCUUCACCUGAAAAUUUUUGUUUAAGACUAUUUUAUGGCGUUGGCGGUUGGGUAUUCCCAAGAAACACUUUUCCCAGGUCGUGUUUUUGUUAAAAUGUAUCUUUCUGAUUUUUGAAAUUUUGGCACUCGGGUUUUCGUUCUUUAGUUUUUCAAAAGUUUGGGGUUUUACGGUUUCACCAAACGCCCCGUAUUUGGUAAGAAGUGUAGAGUGAAUUUGAAGUUUUCUUACACCACAUCUGCGUGUUUGUCGGGUUGUGAUGCAGAGAGAGUAUUUAAUUGUGUAAUAAUAGUUUUUGCGCUAGGCUUCCGUGAAUUUGGGUAUGGUGCUGAUGCGUUUCUGUGCAAUUGCCAGACAAUUCUGAUGCUUUUAAGUAGGUAGAAAGCUGGCAUUGCUGUGAGUUAUUAAUGCAAAUCUACCUUAAAGCAUUUGCGGGUUUUUCACCAAAAGGAUUUUGAGAUUUUGGCAAUUAUCGACUGCGUUUCUAAGUUUGUGAGAGGCAAGAAAAGGAGAGGAGAUCUGUUCUUCUGAAAUGGGGCACUAUGCAGCGGUUUGGGAUCCUAGAGCUGCGAUUGAAGUGACAAAAGAUUCGAAUGGGAUUGAUCAGAUUGUGCUUCGUAGCCCCCAUGGGGCCUCUGCUAGGGUGAGCUUGAAUGGAGGACAGGUUACUUCAUGGCGGAAUGAUCGAGGCGAAGAACUCCUAUUCACCAGUAGCAAGGCAACCUUCAAGUCUCCAAAAGCUGUAAGGGGAGGAAUUUCUAUCUGUUUUCCUCAGUUUGGAAAUGGUGGUUCACUUGAGCAUCACGGAUUUGCGAGAAACAAACUUUGGACCAUCGAGAAAGACCCUCCAUCUCUGCCUACCUUUGAUGCUAACGGCAAAUCUUUCAUUGACUUGUUGCUACGAUCAUCAGAAGAGGAUUUGAAGUUCUGGCCUCAUAGUUUUGAGUUUCGCCUCAGGGUUUCUCUUGCAUCAGAUGGGAAUCUAACGGUGAUAUCUCGUGUUAGAAACAUCAAUGGCAAACCAUUCAGUUUCUCAUUUGCUUGUCAUACGUACUUGUCCAUCUCUGACAUAAGCGAAGUAAGGAUAGAAGGAUUAGAAACAUUGGACUAUCUAGACAAUCUGUGUCAGAGAGAGCGCUUCACAGAACAAGGAGACGCAAUAACAUUUGAAAGCGAGCUCGAUCGUGUUUAUGUUAGCACUCCAAAUUCUAUUGCUGUGCUUGAUCAUGAAAGGAAGCGAACGUACCUAAUAAAGAAGGAUGGACUUCCAGAUGUUGUGGUGUGGAAUCCAUGGGAGAAGAAAUCGAAGGCCAUGGCGGAUUUUGGAGACGAAGAGUACAAACAGAUGCUGUGUGUCGACGGUGCAGCAAUAGAGAAACCCGUCACGUUGAAGCCGGGAGAGGAGUGGACGAGCCGCGUAGAGGUUAUGGUUGUACCCUCAACCUUUUGUGGUGAUGAUCUGUGAUGCCCUAAUGCCCCAAAGAACCAAAAGUUUGCAGCAGAGCAUAAAGCUUUUUCUUUGUUCUGCUGGAGGGAAGUAUCCAUCUUUAGGUUUUGUGUAUCAUAUUAGAGCAAUGGCAAUACAAACAGGCGUAUUACAUGUCUCUAGGGGAUAUCUAUAUCUAUAUAUAUAUAUAAUUAGAAUGUGGACUAGCAAAGCCUAAGGUUUUUAAUGUUAACGGCUUCGUUUCACAUGUUUAUUUUAGUUGUAAACAUUUGUUUCAUGUUUUAUUAAGGGCUUUUAUUAUGUUA